AUGGGAUUCGAGCCCGGCAAAUCGGAUUCGCGCCUCUACGUGCGAAGAAACAAGGAUGGUAAGAUGUGCUUCAUAGUGAUUUACGUAGACGAUAUGGUCGUCUUCUGCCACUCAGAGCAGGAGUUCGAGGAGAUUCGAGUUAAGUUGGGGCAACAUUUCAAGCUGUACUCCCUAGGAGACCUUCGUCAGUUCCUCGGAAUCCACAUCGAAAAAGUCGACGGGCACUACACCAUGUGCCAAGAAAGCUACAUUGAGAAGCUGCUGGGAAGAUUUGGACACGGAGAUGCAAAAUCCUCGAAGGUACCGCUUGACCCCGGGUACAUAAAACAAAAGGAAGAGACAGCCCUGCCAACGAACACAUCCUAUCGUUCAUUGGUAGGCAGUUUGUUGUAUGUGGCGGUCAAUACCAGGCCGGACAUCAGCGUCGGGACUUCUCUACUAUGCAGGAAGGUCUCGAACCCCACCGAUCGUGACUGCACCGAAGCUAAACGUAUGCUGAGGUACUUAAAGGGGACGAAAAACUUGCGGCUCCAUCUAGGCGGCGGAUCUGAAGGCCUCGAAUGCUUCGUCGAUGCGGACUGGACCGGCAACGAAAGCGACCAGAAAUCGAAUUCUGGGUAA